CUCCCCCAAGUUCUUCAAAAAAAGAAGAAUGCGAAAUAGAGGCAGAUUGACAAUAAACCUUUCUUAUAAUAUGAGGACAUAAAACAUGUGACCGACAGCAGACAAGCGGAUGUGGUUACGAACCAGAAUGUACUGAGGUGCCCAAAGGAGAAGAAUGAUGCCUCUUUACUGGGUCAUGAUUAUGGGGAUGCUCCCCCGUCUGGCUGUCCUGGCUGUUGGAGACGGAUGCACCCUUCAUAACACCCACAGUGCCCAUGAUGUGCUGAUGCAGUCAUUACAGUGUCAUAACGACUAUGAAUCUUACGUCCACUGCAAAUGGAGGGAGGACCCACACAUACCUGCAUCCCUGCAGCUUUGGUUUAUGAGAGAAGGUGGCAGGGAGCCAUGUGAGCCGACCAGCACUGAACUCCAACUUGAAGAUGGGCACAGAACUGCCGAGUGUAAAUAUGAAACUCGUUCAUUUUCUAUCGGCAUUGAACACACGGCUUUCUUUCACAAGGACGGCGUUCUGUGUCCAUCUGUCCCACACAAGCCUUUGGAGCGUUAUCAUCACUUGCGAGCUCGCACACCAGUGGAUCUGGCCGCACAUGACACAGGUGAUGGCAAUGUGUUGCUCAACUGGUCCAGUCCUUAUCCUGCACAGUCCUCCUUGACCAAAAACCUCUUGUACCAAGUCAGCUACAGGCCAGAGAGAGAAGAUACAUGGACAAUCAGGAAUGAGACAAACACUUCUGUCACACUGGACAUGAGGAUGCUGCGACAAGGUUGCAGGUUUGAGGCCAGGGUGAGAGAUGUGGCCAACAUAGGACAGUGGAGUCACUGGAGUCCUGUGGUGACAUGGUGGAAUAAAGAAGACAGCAGGCAGUUUCCCAGCUUGCAUUGCGUGCUGGAUGGCGAGAAGAAGGUGACGUGUAGCUGGGAGGUGAGCAGAGAGCUGGAUCACUUAAUUAGCUACCACCUGGCCUGUCAACACGACAACACAACACAGUCUGAAAAAUGCUGCGUGAAACCGACGGUUACCUUUGACCCCAGUCGGCCGCUGGUGCGUUACAGCUGCUCGCUGACUGUCGCCAACUUUUCACAUCUGCUGCUGCAGCCAACACGCAACGCCAAGACGUUCAAGGCAAACACACACAUUCAUCCCCGGCCACCACAGCAGGUGAAGGUGAGGGAGAAAGACAACAACUGGGUUGUAGAAUGGACUCAACCGAGCACAGCCUCAAAAAUCAGACUGUAUUAUCAGGUGCAGUAUUACAGAGCACAGAAUCAGAAUUCUUCAGUCCUGCUGAACAUCUCAGAGGGUUCCACAUCAGUGACCAUCCCAGGUUCAUCUCUGAGCCCCUCCCAGCACCACCAAGUCCAAGUCAGGUCUUUAGUCGUCCCUGGAGAGGGAUCACAGUACAAAGGAAAACCCUCGAAUUGGACCGAAGCACUUGAAUGGACCUCACAUCCAGCCACCUGGCCCUCCACCAUCAUGGUCUAUUGCUUCAUCGGUCUGUUUGUGGUCAUCGUCUUCUGCGUAUUCUACUUCACUAUUCCACAAUGUCACAGCAAAAUGACGCUUUGGGUGAGCUCAAUUCCUUCUCCUGGCAAAAGCAAAGCUCUGUCAGAAAUCCAGUGUGCCACCAAUCGAGCCCUGAUAGACUACACUUACAUCUGUAAAGUGCAGCACAUGGACAGCGUGUCGACAAGCAGUUCCUCAAGCUCCUUGGUUAGGCCAUCUGAGGAUGCUGAAAAUAAAGAUUUGGAGCAGGACCGACAGGACCGCAAGUGUAAUAGCCUUCCCCUCCCUGCUGUGGGGGUUAAUAACUCUGACCUUCGGGUGCACUUCAGCGGCCCAUAUAUCCUCCUUCAGUCCGUAGACUCCAAGUGCUCGUGUGAAGUGACGGAGGAGAAAGACGAAACACCUUCACAUGGUCCUGACUCACAGUCCUCAAUGUUCUUCACCCAGUAUGGAGAUGGUUACCUUUGCCAGGAUCUGGUGUCGCACUCUGGUGCCAACACAAACACACAAAGGUGUGAGCAGCGCCAACAGUGCGUUGAUAACACAGCGCCUGAUAAUCAACCCACCGGCAGUGAUCCUCCUCCGGCAUACAACUCGGGACCCUCCUGGCCCACCAUAAGGGCCUCGGGGUAUUGUUUUGUGCCCUCCUCCUCAUAAGAGCAGCAGAGUGAGUCUUUGGAUGCAUGCUUCCUAAUCUAAACCCAAAAUAUCAUUUAAUCACCAAUUAAGUGUUAGGUGCUGUCUGGCCAGUGGAGGGCAGUAGUUGACUGAGACCUAAAGCCGGAUCCAGUGAAUCAGAAUCAGCAUAAGGGGUUGUUAAGGACCACAUUAACAUGGCCUGGGCUUUUGUAAAUAUUAAACCAUUUUAUUUGCUUUCAUUUAAAUCAGUAAGUCAUAAAAAAUACAACAUUAUUAAAGAUUUAUAAUAUUGUUUGAAUCAAAAUAAAGUACAAUUAUCUAUCUAUCUAUCUAUCUAUCUAUCUAUCUAUCUAUCUAUCUAUCUAUCUAUCUAUCUAUCUAUCUAUCUAUCAUAAUGGGAAACGUAACCUUCACAUGAUUAAUUAAGCCAGCCUGGAAAACACUUCACUGUUCACUCAACACAGCAGCAUACCGUCAUCAAAGCUCACAUUUAGGCCUUCACACACAGCACCAACAUUUGGGAACCAGAGUAAGUGGAAAGAAGAAAGGUACAAAUAAAAUAAGUCCAUUUGUGGCAGCAUCGGACAAAGUUAUGUUCAUGUUAAACAUUUGCAUCUCAAAGCACAUAAUUGUGGUGUGUUCAUUGUACCUUGAUUAAAGUUCAGAACAGAAGCUUCACUAGACGGGGAAGGCUAAACCCCCAUUAGGUGCAAUAAUAAAUAUAACUAGAAAAUUGUGUGCUAAUCAGGCAUAUUUGGUGACUGCGCAACUGCAAGCUAAUCGAUGCUAACAUGCUAUUUAGGCUAGCUGUAUGUACAUAUUGCAUCAUUAUGCAUCGUUUCUAGGUAUAUUUGAGCUAAUUUAUUUUCCUACAUCCUCUGUAUAUUUAAUUUAUAUUUGCAUUUCCCAUGACAUUAUCUGUAUGUAAUAUAGGCUGCAUGUCUGAUAGUUGUUUGUGUGUCAUAUUGUUCCAGACCAUAGCAAACAUUACCCAGCUUGCAUGGAUUGUUUAAAAAUCCAUUAGGAGAACCCAGCUUGCAUAGAUUGUUAUAAAUCUAUUAGGAGAAGACAGCCUGCCGUUUCCUUUAACUUGGACACAGAAAUCUAUACCUUUGGCCAAUUUUAAGCCAGUAAAAUCCAGGAGUUAUCUCACCCUCUGAGAAAACUCCAUUUUACUAAUGUUUUCCAAUGUUGUAAAAAUUGGUAGAAUAAAUAUUACAUUUCAACA